AUGGCAAGCGGUAAUCCGCUGCUGCGUUGCAUCGAUGUCGGUUACGGAUGCACUCUGACACGUCCACUAACAUCACACUCCUAUAGUGAGAUGGUUUGGCUUGGUGGAAGAAAAUCUCCACCGCCUUUAAACGAUAAAUGGACAUUUACCGAUGGCAGCCCAUUCGACUAUACGAACUGGGACACCGGGGAACCUAAUAACUAUGACGGAAAGGAGAACUGUCUGCAGCUACUGUUUGACCAAAACAUUGGACGUGAAGAGAAACGUUGGAACGACAUCACAUGUGACUCUCGAAUGCCUCACUUCGUUUGCAAAAGAAGUUGUCAUUUUUAUCGAGAUAGAAGAUAA